AUAUUCGUCUAAGCAGAAAUCUAAGAUGGACUGUCUGUUUUCAUUUUUGACAACAUCGGUAGUGAUACUGGAUGCCAUCACAUCUAUUUCAGUUAUGGGUAAAUUGUCAUAUUUCAAUUUAAGGCGUUUGAUUGAAGUCGCGUUAACCUUGGAUGAAGGAGUAUGGUGUGGAAUGGAGGUGUUCAAAGGAACAAAUGCUUUUACUCGUGGUUUUUGGGAGAAUUUGUAG